UGACUGGAGGCUCCAGUGAAGCUAGUUCAGCUUUGUGCUGCCGCUGCUGUUGUCAGGUUUUCUUUGUGAUGCUGUAGACACCGGUUGUUCAACCGCUCACUGAAAAAAUGGAGCCGUACGGGUCGGACACGGAGGGGGACGGGCAGGAGACACCGCUGCUUCAUCGAGGACACGAAGACAAAGUGCAGAGAGCCCCAGCAUGCUGUUCAUCCCGCUAUGGCUUGGCGCUGCUCUCCUCUUAUGGCUUCUUUGUGGUCUACUCUUUACGAGUAAACCUCAGUGUGGCGAUGGUGGACAUGCUGAACAGCACCCACCAAUCUAGCACCAACCACAGCAGCUCAGUGUGUCCCGCUCACGCCAACCCUCCACGGCCCAAACACAACCACACGGCCAGUGUGUACGACUGGGACUCUGAGACGCAGGGCUGGAUCCUGGGCUCCUUCUUCUACGGCUACAUCCUGACACAGAUCCCUGGGGGUUACCUGGCUGGCCGCUUUGGGCCCAAGUGGCUGAUGGGCUUUGGAAUCCUGGGAACCGUAGUUUUCACGCUGUUAACUCCUGUGGCUGCUGACCUUGGUGCAAGCUAUCUCAUUGCUGUCAGGGUGCUGGAGGGGAUAGGAGAGGGAGUCACAUUUCCUGCAAUGUACACCAUGUGGGCAGCGUGGGCCCCGCCGCUGGAGAGGAGCCGGCUGCUCACCAUUUCCUACAUUGGAGCCCAGCUGGGGACAGUGAUAGCUCUUCCUCUGUCUGGUGAAAUCUGCUUCUACCUCGACUGGACCUACAUCUUCUAUGUAUUUGGUGCCGUUGGUCUGGUGUGGUUCAUCUUGUGGGCCUUCCUCGUCUUUGACAGUCCAAACACUCACCCACGGAUAUCAGAGCGUGAGAGACUCUACAUCACCUCCUCACUCAAGAACGAGCUGUCCACAUCUGCAGGCUUCAUCCCCUGGCGAGCCAUAGUGACGUCUGUGCCGCUUUGGGCCAUCGUCGUGGCUCACUUCUCCUACAACUGGACCUUCUACACCCUCCUCACCCUGCUGCCGACCUACAUGAGUGACAUACUGGGAUUCAGCAUACAGCAGAAUGGAUUUCUGUCAGCUCUGCCUUACAUGGGCUGUGCAGUGUUGGCUGUGCUGAGUGGCCAGGUUGCCGAUUACCUGCGAGAAACCUGCCAGUAUCCCACAGUCACUGUCAGGAAGUCCUUCUCCAUUGUUGGUAUGAUCGGACCAGCGGUGUUCCUGGUGGCAGCAGGAUAUAUAGGCUGUAACUACACCUUGGCUGUGACCUUCCUCACCAUCUCCUCCUCUCUGGGCGGAGUGUCGGCCUCUGGCUUCAACAUCAACCACCUUGACAUUGCCCCUUCGUAUGCUGGCAUUCUGCUGGGAAUCACCAACACCUUUGCCACUAUUCCUGGCAUGGUGGGACCAGUCAUAGCAAGAGCCCUCACCAAACAUAACACCAUAGAAGAAUGGCAGACUGUCUUCUACAUUGCUGCCGCCAUCAACCUGCUUGGAGCGUCGUUCUACACCGUGUUCGGCCGAGGAACAGUGCAGCCCUGGGCUGUCCACACAUCCUACUCUCACGGGGACUGAGGCUGAAGACGAGGACCAGACUUGUCCAUUUGACGAUUCAGAUUUGUCAGAUGGACAAAUCUCACUUGUGGGCUCAUUCAGCGGGUACUUUCAGCGACAGAUGUGCUCCAGGUGUGCUGAUAAGUCUCAAAGCUCGGCUAAAUAACAGUGAGUAACAGCCACAAUACUUACAAGGAUAUUGUCCACUGUGAAUGUGUGUACUCAGAGCCUGUUGACAGCUGAACCUGCAGUAAAAAAAAAAGCAGAUUGCACUUUUA